AAUCAAUCUCCGGAUAGAACCCAAACGAUUCGAUUGAAGAAACCUUCUCCCGAUGGAUCUACUCAGGCAAGAAAUUCUGAAGAAAAGGCAGAGUCUCUCCGAGGAAGCUGGCGGCAAGAAGUUCUACAAGCGAUCCGAGAUCGAGCAGAAGAAACUCCAGAAGCUUCGUGAGGAAGAGCGACGCGAGCAUGAGCUCAAGGCCCAGCGUAGAGCCGCCGCCGCCGCGUCAGCAGCUAGCUCCGGUGGAAAAUCAUCAAUCGCUUCAUCUGCUCCUGGCUCUUCUUCUACAGCUUCCAAAUCCGACGCCGCAGCAGCUAUCUCCGAUUCCAAAUCCCUAACCGACGAGAAGAACAUCGAAACCCUAAUUCUCCCGAGGCAAGAAGUGAUUCGACGACUGAGAAUCCUAAAGCAGCCGAUGACUCUCUUCGGGGAGGACGAUCAAGCUCGUCUCGAUCGGCUCAAGUACGUGUUGAAGGAAGGGCUGUUCGAGGUAGACAGCGACGUGACGGAUGGGCAGACGAAUGAUUUCCUGCGAGACAUAUCUGAGAUGAAGAAGAGGCAGAAGAGUGGGAUCAUGGGAGAUAGGAAGAGGAAAGGUAGAGAUCAUGAGGAAGGUGGUGAGAGAGGAGUGGGUGGGGAGACUAGGGAUGGUGAGCUUAGUAGUGGCGGUGAGUCUAGUGAUGUUGAUGCUGAUAAAGAUUUGAAGCGUUUGAAGUCUAACUUCGAGGAUCUUUGUGACGAGGAUAAGAUUCUUGUCUUCUUCAAGAAGCUCUUGAUUGAGUGGAAACAGGAGCUUGAUGCUGUGGAGAACACUGAGAGGAGAACUGCUAAAGGGAAGAAGAAUGUUGCCACUUUUAAGCAGUGUGCUAGGUACCUUACCCCUCUCUUCAACUUAUGCAGGAAGAAGGGUUUGCCAUCUGAUAUUCGUCAAGCCUUAAUGGUGAUGGUUAACCACUGCAUUAAGCGAGACUACCUCGCGGCAAUGGAUCACUACAUCAAACUAGCUAUAGGAAACGCACCAUGGCCCAUUGGUGUCACUAUGGUUGGUAUCCACGAACGUUCUGCGCGAGAGAAGAUUCACACCAACAGUGUUGCUCACAUCAUGAACGACGAAACCACUCGCAAGUACCUCCAGUCAGUUAAAAGAUUGAUGACUUUCUGCCAACGACGUUACCCAACUAUGCCUUCUAAAGCCGUUGAGUUCAAUAGCUUAGCCAACGGAAGUGAUUUACAGUCUUUGCUCGCUGAAGAGAGGCAUUUUGGUGGUGAUCGCGCACAAGUCUCGGAAGAGAGACUCCGCCUCAUGCCUUCACAGAACGACAGCUAGUGUUACAUCUUUACUGUGUUUUUUUGCUGUAUUCAAUCUUUCUGAGAUAUUUAUGAAACGUUGACUCUGUUGUUCUUGAAACCGGGGUGGUCUUGUAAGAAAAAGAGAGAGAAUCAAAACUGGUAAUCCCAUUUGGUUCAGACUAUGUAUGAUCAUCUUUAUCCAAAAACAUUAAAUGAAUAUAGCCAA